AUGGGCUCCGUUGCGCAGAUCCCCAAGACCAUGAAGGCGGGUCAAUAUGACGUCGACCUGAAGAAGGUGGUGGUAAACGAGGUCCCCGUGCCGGUGCCGGGUCCCAAUGAAUUCCUCGUCAAGAUCCGCUCGGCCUCGCUCUGCCACAGUGACAUGAUGGCCAUCAAAGACGCCCAGAAGACCGUGACGCUAGGCCACGAGGGCGCCGGCCACAUCGUCUCCUUCCACCCCUCGGUCGAGGGCAAGGGCUUCAACCUCGGCGAUGCCGUCGGCUUCCUCUACAUCCGCGGCUGCUGCUUCACCUGCGCCGGCUGCCAGGUGCACAACCUCCACUGCGAGACGGGCAAGCAGCUCCUCCAGGGCUUCGCCGCCGACGGCUUCUUCGCCGAGUACGCCCUGGUCGACUACCACAACGCCGUGGUGCUGAACGAGGCGAAAUGGAACAUGGACGCCGCCAGCGCCGUCUUCUGCGCCGGCAUCACCGCCUUUCACUCCGUCGACAGCUGCGAACUCAACAAGGGCGACUGGUUCGGCGUCGUCGGCUGCGGCGGCCUCGGCCAGCUCGCCACCCAGUACGCCCACGCCAUGGGCCUGCGCGUCAUCGGCAUCGACGUCGCCGACGCCAACCUCGAGGAGGUCAAGAAGCAGGGCGCCGAGGCUACCUUCAACUCCCGCGACGACCCGGACUGGGCCGACAAGAUCAAGAAGCUCACCGGCGGCGGCGUCCACGCCGUCGCUGUCUACACCAACGUCCGCCCCGCCUUCGUCUCCGCUACCACCUGCCUUCGCCUCGGCGGCACCUUCAUGAUCAUCGGCGUCCUCGACGAGCCCCUGCCCGUCAAGGUCAUGGACCUCCUGCUGGGCAAUUACAAGAUCAAGUCCGACAGCACCAGCAUCCCGCAGCGCAUGGGCAAGGCUGUCGCCUUUACCGAGGAGCACGGCAUCAUGCCCGUUGUGAACAUCAGGAAGGGCCUGGAGGAGCUCCCGGCCAUGGUGGCGGAGAUGCAACAGGGCAAGGUACGGACCAGGCAGGGCAUUGCCUUUAAAUAG